AUGGCCUACCACCUUGUCCUCCUGGCUCUACUCGCGUGCACCGUCCUGGCUCACAAUCCUGCAGACGGCAGCCGCGACCAAGUUUUCAAUGAAAUCGCUCCGAGCAACGCAACCGGCCGUGCACUGCACUCUUCGUAUUACAGGUCUCCGCUGGAGCUGGGCCUGAUGGCCAGCGCGGUGUCUGCUCUGCUGCUGCUGCCGCCGUGGGAGAAGAAGAGCAACCGGGCACUGGGGAACGGGCUGGCCGGCCUGAGCGAGUUCGUCAUGACGCGCGUGGACAAGGGCCUCGAGAAGUUCCCCAGCAUUCCGAGCCUGGACCCGCAGGAGUGCAUGAAGCGAAGCGUCUGUGAGGCACACAACCAGCCCAACAAGUACGGACUCCUAGGCCUCGCCCUGCAGCUGCUGUACCCGCCGUACUCUGCACCGGACGAGCCGACGACAGUGGUGUCCAAGUACCAGCUCGCGGCUCGCUAUGGACGCCAGGAGGACGCGGACUGCUCGCGCCAGUACGACGGCUGCAUCGUUUCUCCACUCGAGAUCAUUCAGACGAUCGUCGGAUACUUCCUGCGAUAGUCCAAAGAAACUGGACUUCAUGACCUGGGCCACUUCACACUCGCAAAGUGUUUCACGCUGCUGCCGAGGAAAUCAAACGUCGCUCUCUCUUUUUUUUCUUUCUUUUUCCUCGACGUUUACGCGCCUGUCAGUACAUUUUUUCUCGGCCGUAGUGGCCUUCAGUCUAGACAAAGUAUUUUGAUCGAAACAAAGCUUUAAAGGGUAAAGUUUGGAUCACAUAAGUAUUUCACUAUGCGUAACUCAACGGGCUCUGACUGCAGUAUUUCACGGAAUAGAUGGCAUCUGCGGGAUAGAUUACCGUGAAUACGCGUAUGUCAUCUAGCAACUCUCAACAACAAACAUAACAUGGAAGUUGGUUGUUUAUGAACUUUGACGUUCGCUUGCGCAGUACAGAGCCGCACCUCGCGACACUGACAAGGUGGCCGAAAGGCGACCCUCAACUUCCGCAACGUCAUUGCAGACCGUCCUAGUCGACAUUUUGCAGCUCUGCGUGACCACUUACAAUUUGGUGGCUGCUUGCGAGUGCGCGCCCGCGGCGAACGCGUGAAAAGUGCGUAAGCCUCAAGUCAUCGCCACCAGGUGACAUGCAUGUAGGAAAGUGAUCGACAAGGGCGUGCAUGCGGCAGGCGAAAUACGCGAGCAGGUGAUGCAGGCAGCGCGGAAGUUCGUCACUGGUCUGUGUGUCGCGACAUGGUCGAGUUUAUCAGUCGUACGUUGGUUGCACCCGGUGGAUUGUCGUUCUCUGAGCUCUCCCAAACUCAAGCUGAUACUGGUUGGUAGCAUAAACAAACUGUAAGUAAUCAUCUGUCGCGCACAGCGGCAAGCGACGUGUCGUGCUAUGACUAAUGGGACCCUGGCAAGAUAUUGUUUUAAAAAAAUAAUGCCAGAUCGAAAGUUGUUGCGUUAGUGCCCCUUUAAGUGCAGCGCCUAGUUUGAUAAGGUAUCCAUUUGAUUCGCUAAGCCGGGAAAUAUCUUCGCACUCACGCGCUGCAAAAUAUAUCAAUAUACUGAAGUGAAGAGACGGCCUCUACGCAGACUUCAAUAACAGCUUUCAUAUGCAGCCUAGGAUACAGAAUCAUGUGGCAUUUAAGGUUAUAUGUUAUGGGAAUAUUCCACAUUUGAUAGGUUUUAGACCAAUUGUAUGAGGUACAAGGAUGUCUUUCCUCGCAUUAAUGAAGCAGCUCUUUUCAGCAGCGUCACGUCACGAUGUAAAGAUGCGACCUUGACUGUGGAACUCGCGGCAUGUGUCUGUGCCAAUCGAUCUCUACUACAUCGUGCUGGGAUAUUUAUUAAACGUUUUUUUGCAAUAA